AUGAUCUGCACAUUGGGAUACAGCACCUUUUUUGUUGCAGUCUUCCUAUUAUUCAAUCGAAGUUUGGGAUGGACACUUUCAAAACAAAAUCAGUAUGGACGAAGAUUAACUGCUUCGGGAAAUAGAAAUUCUGCUCUGUCCGCCAGGAAACCUUCAACGUCUUUCAUCCCAACCGAACAGAUUGAAGAGUUAAGGGAAGCUGUGGACCUUGUUUCUGUCGUUGAAUCUUACAAUCUGCCUCAGUUUAAACGAAAUGGAGGUCGCGCAACCUGUUUAUGUCCAUUUCAUGAUGAUCACAAUCCAUCACUGAGUAUAGAUGGAAGCAGAGGUAUAUACAAAUGCUUCUCAUGUGGAGCAGGAGGCAAUGUCUACAAUUUCAUUCAGGAAUAUGCCAGAUUGGACGGCGAAGAGAUUCCAUUUCCGCGCGCUGUAGAAAUAGUAAAACAAUUUGCCCCUGCUGGUGUCGGCCCAUCUUUAGACUUCAAGGUCAACUCAAAGGAUUCCCCAUACAACCGCGCUCAGAAAGCAAAGAAGGAACGGCUAGUUCAAGCCAACUUGGCAGCUGCUGCAUACUUUGAGAAAAGUUUGGUAUCGAUGGCUGGAGCUGGUAAGGCGAGGGCUUACCUACGAGGAAGGAAGCUGAAUCCAACUACUAUAAGGGCUUUCUCUAUCGGAUACGCUCCUGAUUGUUAUUUCGAACGAAAGGAAAACGGAUCCAGGAGCUGGGGAGAGGGAAGUUUGGUCAACUACCUAAAAGAGCAAAGUUUCACAGCGCAGGAGAUUUUUGAUGCUGGAUUGGCAACAAAGACGAAUGCAAAGGGGGAAAGAAAGCAGACGACGGAAAAAAAUCAGACAGAAGAUAUCCAGUACUCGAAUAUUAUGGACAGAUUUCGAGGGCGAAUCAUUGUACCGAUUUUUGAUGCUAGAGGAAAAAGCGUGAUUGGAUUCGGCGGUCGCAUUUUGGACACUUUUGUAACAAACACAGAGUUCAAAGUUGCCAAGUAUCUCAAUAGUCCCGAGUCCCUUAUCUUCAAGAAGCAACAAAUUCUCUUCGGACAACAUAUGGCCAAGAAAUCGGUGCGUUUCUGGGCAAACAAGGCUGUUGACGACGCAAACCAUCCCGUCGUGAUUGUAGAGGGGUACAUGGAUGUAAUUGCGCUUUGGCAAGCAGGAAUCCGCGAAGGAGUGGCUUCUAUGGGAACUUCUCUUACUGUCAAACAGCUGAAUGCGGUAGCCGCUCUAGCUGGAAGGAAAAAUGGGCAUGUUGUGCUUUGUCUGGACAAUGAUAUAGCUGGUUUGACUGCGAUUGAACGCUUGUGCAGCGGAAGAACUCUGCAUGAUCUCAUAGAACGGUAUCCGUUAGAGAUAAGGGUUGCUUCUCUUCCUGCAGGUAUCAAGGAUCCGGCAGAGUUCAUCGAAGAUUUUGUCGGGGAAGAAAACAUAGUGGAAGCUUUUCGGACCGAGAUAAUAGCUGGAGCAAUAGAGUGGUCAGAUUGGUACAUUAAGCGGGUUUUGGCAUCAUACAAUCCAGCUUCUUCUCGGGGAGCUACCGGAAGUUUUGGUGAUGUUUUCGACCGUGUUGCUGCUUUCCUCGCAAAUUAUAAAAACGCAGCUGACCGAACAAAGCAAGCGUGUGAAGUUGCAGGACAUCUUGGAAGCAUAAUUGCCACAAGUGACAAUAACACUCAGGUAUCCAAUGCGGUCCUUAUUCAACUUGAAUCCGACCUUGUAGAGAAGGCUGCUUCCAUUGCGCAAUCAAAAUCAGGUACCUCCGUCACGGCAGCCUUAUCAAGCGAUGGGAAAAGUUCUUUUUCAGAGCAACUAUCUAAUCUCCUCCGUGAAGACAGAAAUCUGGGAGUCGACGAAAGGAACAAGUUGUCAACCAAAGCUUUGCGACAACGAGAAGAAGUAGAAGAUGACAGACAAGAGCAGUUUGUUGUUGGAUCAACAAACAUUAUUGCCGUGAAUAAGGAAAGAAGCUUGGCUCGCGGGUCUCGCUUCAAAAUGAAACGGGCUUCUGACAAUAAGGUCCCCGAUCUAUCGCCGCACUUUAAAGGUUUUGACUUUCUUAGCGAAACCGAUGUGAAAUGGCUUGGAUUGGCCGACGAAAAGGGUCGAAUAAAGAAGUACCUUUUGCCGAAGGGUGCUUUCAAUAAGUUUGGGGAAAUAAAUGAGUUUGGCCAAAAGAAGCCAAUAUACUUCAACUCAAAUGAUUAUCAUGGCAAUCAGUUCCUGACUGCCGAGGCCAUGCUCGCGGGAUAUAAGGACGACAAUGCAAGAAGGGACCCUGAGAUAUUCACAAAAGGUAUUGCUUUGCUUUUGGAACGAGAUGUAGCCGAGGUAUGGAUGGAUGCAGAGGAUUCUCUCCUGCACAUGCUUGUGCUUUAUGCACCAGCCAGGAAGGCUAUAAAAACGAUUCUCCACAUUAGUGAUGCAGCACAAUCCGGCGACGCGCUGGAAUGGAGCUCCAGUGUGAAGCAGUGGCUGUUUCAUGUUCUUGUCAACGAAGAAAGUAGCAUACCUAGUCACAUAAAUGGACCAUCGGACAAAGGAGAGUUGCACACAUACCUAAGGAGGUGCAUUGCGUCACAUGACAUCUCGUCCGGAUCGGAUUCUUCUAAAUUGAAGGAAGACAUUGGAAUGGAGUCUGCAAAGGUCGUCGAAGACCUGAGUUGGGAGGAACUCCAUGAGACUGCCACAACCAUGAGCAAUCUGUCGUUCUCAAUUGAGGGCUCGAACCACUCAAAUGAGUUUGAUAUGCCACUGGGGACCACAAUUAUGCAUGGUGCUAUCAAAGCGCCAAAGCCCGAAGAAAUCGACUUCAUUUUUGAUCCCAAGUUUGAUCCACCGGACUUGGUUACUCUCUCGGUUUAUGACGACGAAAUGCUUCGACUGUCAGCACAGCAAGUGUACUCGGCACUCCUGCUGGCUUCAGCACAGCGAAAGUUAUCAUUUCUGCAAAGCAAUCUAGUGAGUGCUGUGAAUUUGUUGCACGAUGCCGCAAAUGAGACAGCUUUCUUGGAGGAAGACGUCAGCGUUUUACUGUCUAUCGACGAACGUAUUCAAAUCGUAAAUGGAACUGUCAGAGUGAAAGAGAUGAAGGAGUUGUGUGGUAUUCUUGCAACAAAGAUUGGAGGGGAAACCCAAGCAAUAAGCCGGAUUGCAGAAUCAAAUAAUCGUUUGUCUCAACGUUUAUCAGAUCUCGCAUUAUCUAAACAAAUAGAAGAAGGAGAGAUUUCAACCAACGAUUACGAAAGCCUGAGACGAAGGCUUGAUGAGCACAUGCUUGAGAUUGCUGAAUGGUCUCUCCCAACAGUUUCAGACGAAUUCAGGGAUGAAGAGCCUUACGAGGAUACGCUGGAACGGGCUCAGCUCAGUUGGGGUAGACUUUUCGACGACGAGUACAUGUGGUCUAUCAAAGAUGCAAGAGAGGUGCCUCUCGUGCAAAAAUCGGCCGCUGCUGACUCAGAAGAAACUCGCGAGCCAGGAUAUGAAGAAUCCCUUGACGAGUUUAAUGCUCGGAUAGAAAAAUCCUGGGGUUGGUUAGACCAUAGGGAUGACGUCAAAAGUGGCGAUGACGAUGAUGAAGAUGAAAGCCGCCUGUACACUUUCGACCAAGAGAAGUGGGAUGAUCUUUUGAACAGUAGCGAAGAAGAAUCGUGA